AUGGGAUCUUUGAGUUUUGAUCACUGGGGUUUGGAGGGAAAUGGUACAGCAACCAACUUGGAAAUAACUUCUGGUGGGGACUGUGUAUCCUUAUCCGCUGUUAGCAGUGGCAGUAUAGAAGCCACAAAGGAACCUGUCCAUAAACCAACAGAAAUCCUUGAAAUGAUGAUCACGGCGAAAGUUCGGCUGGUUAGGUGUCCCGGGUGCAGGCAGGUGUUGCCGGAGUCCACUGACUUCCCUGUUUACCAGUGUGGUGGUUGCGGAGCUAUUCUUCAGGCAAAACGUAAAGUCCAGGCAUCUGAUUGUUCAUCUGAGGAGUCUUAUCACUCAUCUGAGGAGUCUGAUCACAAAAGGAUUAGAAGGAUUUCCAAAAUAUCUGAGAAUCUCUCAGAAAAAGCAACAGCCAACUUGUGCAGCACUUCUGCUUGGGAUAUAAAACCUGAUGUGGGAUCUUUGAGUUUUGAUCGCAGGGGUUUGGAGGGAAAUGGUACAGCAACCUACUUGGAAAUACUUUCUGUUGGGGACUGUGUAUCCUUAUCCGCUGUUAGCAGUGGCAGUAUAGAAGCCACAAAGGAACCUGUCCAUAAACCAACAGAAAUCCUUGAAAUGACGAUCACGGCGAAAGUUAGGCUGGUUAGUCGUCCCAGGUGCAAGACUCUGUUGCCGGAGUCUGCUGACUUCCCUAUUUACCAGUGUGGUGGUUGCGGAGCUAUUCUUCAGUCAAAACGUAAAGUCCAGGCAUCUGAUUGCUUAUCUGAGGAGUCUGAUCACAAAAGGAUUAGAGGGAUUUCCAAAAUAUCUGAGAAUCUCUCAGAAAAAGCAACAGCCAACUUGUGCAGCACUUCUGCUUGGGAUAUAAAACCUGAUGUGGGAUCUUUGAGUUUUGAUCGCAGCAGUUUGGAGGGAAAUGGUACAGCAACCAACUUGGAAAUAACUUAUGGUGGGGACUGUGUAUCCUUAUCCGCUGUUAGUAGUGGCAGUAUAGAAGCCACAAAGGAACCUGUCCAUAAAUCAACACAAAUCCCUGAAAUGACGAUGCUGCAUUUCGAUGGCGUAACAUCAUCAACCUCCAUGUCAUCUGGAUAUGACUAUGAUGUCUUCCUGAGUUUUAGAGGACCUGAUACUCGCUCAGGCAUUACAAAUUUCCUCUAUACCACGUUGUUAGGUGCUAAAAUUCACACAUUUAAGGAUGCUGAAGAGCUCCGAGUUGGAGAGGAGUUUGGUCCCGAGUUGCUCGAAGCUAUCAGGCAAUCAAAAAUUGCAAUUCCCAUCUUUUCCAAGGGCUACGCCUCUAGUAAAUGGUGUCUAAAUGAGUUGGUCCAAAUGGUACAGUGUAGUAAAAAAAGCAGACAGAAGAUUAUGCCCAUUUUUUAUGAUGUUACUCCAGCAGAGGUUCGUCAUCAAAUUGGAUCUUAUGAAGAAGCCUUUCUUUUGCAUGAGAAGAACUUCGGUGUAAUAAUCAGUGAGUGGAAAGCUGCUCUCAACCAUGUUGCGCAUCUAAAAGGAUGGGACAAUUUGAAGAACGAUAGAGGUGAAGGAGAACUGGUAGACAAGAUUGUCCAGGAGAUUAUAGAGGAGUUGAAAACGCCUAAUCUAUUGGGGGCAGACUGCUUGGUCGGAGUUGAACAUCAUGUGAACAAAAUUGAUAGAAUGCUGUGUGGUGAUUCAGAGGAUUUAAAAAUUCUCGGAAUCUAUGGUAUGGGAGGUGUAGGGAAGACUACUCUUGCCAAAAUCAUCUACAGCCGGUUGUCAAAUCAUUUUGAAGCUUGUUGCUUUCUUUCUGGUGUCAAAGAAACUUCCCAGCUAAAAGGCGUCGAGUGUUUGCAGAAUCAGCUACUCUCUGAUAUCCUGAAAAGAGACUGGCCGAACAUUAGUAAUGUUGAAUAUGGAAUCAAGACAAUAAAUGACACGUUGCGUGGCAAAAAGGUUUUGGUUCUACUUGAUGAUGUUGAUGAAAGGAUUCAUCUGAAUGCACUUAUGGGAAGGCCAGUGUGGUUCGGAAAAGGAAGUAUAUUAAUUAUCACCAGUAGAAACAUGGAAGUAUUCAAUGUCCCUGAGGUUUGUUGUACAUAUGAGCUUACUGGAAUGGACUUUAGUCAAUCUCUUCAACUUUUUUGCAAACAUGCUUUUAGAAGAGAUCAUCCUUUGGAAGGAUAUGCUACUCUCUCCAAUGAAGUGGUAAAAAUGACAGGAGGUCUUCCUCUUGCUCUUGAGGUUAUAGGUUUACAACUAUUUGGUAAAAGCACAGAUUUUUGGGAUGUUACAUUACAGAAAUUGGAAAAGGUUCCUCAUAGGGAAGUUCAGAGCAAGUUGAAAGUAAGUUACGAUGCUUUGGAUUAUCGGCAAAAGAAGAUUUUUCUUGAUAUAGCCUGUUCCUAUAUUGGAUGUGAUAAAGGGACUGUGCUUCAAAAGUGGACUUCUGAUCUCUUCCCAGGUGAAGCUCUUCAAGUACUUCAGCAGAGGUCUUUGAUAAAAAUUGGAGAAGACAAUAAGCUAUGGAUGCAUCCUCAGCUAAGAGACCUCGGUAGAGAUAUUGUUUGCCAAAAACAUAACAAGGAAUUAUAGGAUAGACCGGUUAAAGGAGUCAUGAGGAAGCUUCCGACAUUGUGAUGAGAAAGAACGGACCUCUUUUGCUUUAAACCCCAGCGUCCGCCUAGUCUUCCUUGAGUUUGUCAUGGUUACAUGUCAAACAUCUUCAGAUGUUUCAAACUUGACAGAA